GCGCUAUGUAUGGCUCGUCAGGGCAACAAUAAACGUUUGUAAAUACUACGUAGCAGACGUUUUGAGUCAAAAUGGCGCUACUGCGAAUGAGGAAUGCACAAGGACCGAAUGCAACAGAGAUAGAGAAGAAAAUUAAAAGAGGUAAUGCGCUGCGGCAGGGAUCUGCAUGGAGGGGGUCCCGGGGGCUCGUGGCCCUGCUACUGCUCAUCCUGUGUGUGUGUGUGGCAGCCAUGUGGCUGUACAUAACCUCUCUGGACAGUGAGAUCACAGAAACACUGGUGAGCAGGGGGGAGCUGGUUUCUCCUGAGCCCAGGGUCUACAGCGUCCAGUGCUCUGAAGACUACGACAACUACAAACGCUAUCCAGGAUGCACCCCUCAGAAGUGUGGCCGCGCAGUCACAGACAGCGUGGUGACGAGGGAGGAAGCUCAGGUCCUCAGGAGGCUGGCUGAGAGAGGGCUGGCGCUGGCUGGGUCAGAGGGAGGAGCUUCCAUACUGGACCUGCACUCUGGAGCAUUGUCAAUGGGUAAACAGUUUGUCAACAUUUACAGGUAUUUUGGCGAACAGAUCGGGGAAGUGUUCACACAAGAGGAUUUCCAGCUUUACAGAAAUGUACGUGGGCGAAUCCAGGCAGUUAUCGCUGAGACGUUUGGUUUGGACCCGGCUCUGAUGUACCUCACCAAGCCCACCUUCUUCUCCAGAAUCAACAGCACAAUAGCCAAAACCCAACACGACGAGUACUGGCACCCACACAUAGAUAAGGUGACUUACGGCUCUUUUGACUACACUUCACUCCUGUACUUGUCUGACUAUGGCUCUGACUUCACUGGAGGAAGAUUUAUCUUCAUGGACCAAAAUGGCAACCGGACAGUGGAACCACGGGCAGGACGAGUCUCUUUCUUCUCUUCCGGCUCGGAGAACCUCCACCGCGUUGAGAAGGUGGCGUGGGGGACGCGCUACGCCAUCACCGUGUCCUUCACCUGUGAUCCUGCACACGCCAUAUCUGACCCCGCCAUGCCUUGAAGCACCCACGGGUGACAUCGCUGCUCACUUGCUUGGACAAGCCCUGUGAAGAGGGAGAUCACCGGGGAGAGACAAAGAAGAAGAGGAAGGAAAAGUGAGAUUUUCCUCGCAACAAUCAUAUUCUGUAACUGCACGGUCAAUAUCUGUCAUUUUCUUUUCUUUUCAGGUAUUGACCUGCUGCUCCUUACCGAUUGUGCUUCAGAAAAAAAAGCACAUGUUCACCCUCUCUUCUGUAGAGGUGUUUUCUUAUUUCUUACCUACCUUUGUGAUUUUAUCCAAUUUUCUACAGUGAUUUCUUUUUUGUAAUUUGUUCCGCUUGAUCAUUUGGGCAACAGCUUGAACAGGGAAUGCCUCUCAGCUAAAACGGUUUAGAAGAGGCUCAAAUGGGAUUGUUUGCUUAGUGUCGCGGUGUUUUUUUCAUUUUAAGGAGAGCUUGUGAUUCCUUGAAUAUAUAUCUGAUGAACCACUCAUACUCGCCCCCACCUAAGACCCAGGAGGUGUUUUCUUCUAAGAAGAACCCUCUCCUUGUCCAGGAGGGAUUGCUCUUUCCACUAUGUUACUAUUUACUUCUAUGUGGUCAAUGAGGGCGGUUUGGAAUAAAAAAACUGACAGAACCUGAAAGUUC